AUGGAGUCAUCGACGCUUCUCAUAAACCAGAGAAAGUGUUCAUCAACGUCUCCGACGAGGAAACCACCGAAGCAAAAGAGAAAGAAUACAACAACAACGACGACGAACAAACCCAUCAAAGUCAGAUACAUAUCAAAUCCGAUGAGAGUAGAAACUUGUGCUUCUAAGUUUAGAGAGCUUGUUCAAGAACUCACCGGUCAAGACGCCGCCGAUCUACCACCGGAGCCAACAACUUUCGCCGCCGCAGAAGACCACCACCACCAGUCGGAGAUUAAUCCUGCGCCGUUGGAUGAAGGGAUCAGUUCAGAGUAUUAUUCACCGUUGGAUCAUGAGGAAGUGAUGUUUAAUAAUGUUCCUCAAAUGUCGGCAGGUCUUUCUGGGUUUUUCUCGUCUGGGUUUUACAAUGUGAAUGCUUUAGGAAGCAUUGGUUCUCUCUGA